UCCGGCCAUGUGCGAUUGCAGUUUCCUCUGGGCGUCCAUUUCAGCAGCCUGAAAUUAAUCAGCGGGGGAUAAAGCGAGGACAAGACCGAGAAAGGAGGAAGAGAAGGAGGGAGAAGAGCUUAAGGGAAAGGAAGGGGGUCCCCCUCUACACCCCACCCCACCCCACCCCAUCCCUUGCUAAGCUCUCCCAGCGCCUUUCCCUUCCCGGGAGGAGGAAUUGCAUCUGCCAGGAUCUCUGCAGAGGAGCCACCCCGCCUGGGAUCUCCUCCUGGGAUUUCUGCAGAGGGGGGCAGCUAUUUGGAGAGGCCCCUCUUCACUCCCGGAGGUCCCUUGCCUGGUGUGAGUGCAUGGGGUGAGGCGGGGGUCCCUGUGGGGUGUCUGCUUGGGCGCGGGCAUCGAUCCUCUCCCACCCGUGCAAAGCCCACCUCGGGAGGCGCUUCUCUAGGGCUUCUGCUUGUAGAGCGCAUUAUCUCUCCUGUUGCUACUCACCCCCCCCCCACUGACCAACCCACCUACCCCUCUCCAUCAUCUCCAUCCUCACAGCAAUGGCUAGAUUCCCAUCCCCCCCUUCCUUCCUGGGCCACAAUCCCACCCGCUGCCGGGUGGGUUGAUGCAGCCCCUCUGAGCCUGGCCUGACCCAAACCGCCUCUUCCCAGCGGCGAAUCCACUUUUUCCUGGAUUCGCCCCCCCCCCGCGAGAAUUGCAGACUGGUGCCAUCUCCACCCUUUCCAGCCCACUAUCUGAAGGGCGUCCUGGAUUUAUCUAUUUUUUAAAAUCCCUGUCAGUGUCCUAUGCAGUACUGAGAAGGAGACGUGAAAUCUAGGCAGACCUGGUUCUCUGUCACAGCUUAGAGAGAAAAAGGUUGUUGAGAUAUUUUCAUUGCCAGCCAGAGUUUUUAAUACAAACCACAGCCAGGGUGGUCUGCAGGAGCCAGAGCUCACCUCCAGGAUUUUGUGGUGGCUUUCGAGUUUACAUGCUCCUUCCUAGCCCGGCCAUGCGGUGGUGAAGGAGAUGAUGUCUCUGUCCAGACUGAACAGCUUUGCCAAUGGCUUCCUGGAGGACCCCUCCAGGAUGGAGGCCGGAGGGGGUGACAUCGCCAGGGUUCUCAAGUGCUUGGAGAUGGGCACCGUCCUGACUUUGUUCUACCAGAAAAAAUCCCAGAGGCCCGAGCGGAGGACGUUUCAGGUCCGCCUGAAGAGCAGGCAGGUCGUCUGGAGCCGUACAGCUGAGAAGGUGGAAGGGGAUGUGGACAUUAGGGAAAUUAAGGAGAUCCGACCAGGGAAGAAUUCCCGGGAUUUUGAACGAUACCCAGAAGAUGCGCGGAAGGUGGAUUCUACAUUGUGCUUUGUCAUCUUAUAUGGAAUGGACUUCAGGCUGAAGACAUUGAGCAUUGCUGCCUUCUGUGAAGAUGAUGUCAAUCUCUGGGUGGCUGGCUUGAAUUGGCUGGUGACGGACACGCAGCGGGCGCAGACCCCACUCCACAUUGAGAGGUGGCUGAGAAAACAGUUUGACUCGAUGGACAGAUCAAGAGAAGGCAGCAUUACCCCAAAAGAUCUGAAGGCCAUGUUGCCCCAGGUCAACUACCGUGUGCCUAACAUGAGGUUCCUGCGGGACAAGCUUCUGGAGGUAGAAGUCCGCAAUGAAAUCACCUUCAACCAUUUUGCACACUUCUAUAAAAACUUAAUGUUUGACUCUCAGAAAUCGAUAACUGAACAGUUGGAAUUGUCUUUCCCCUUACGUAACGUGGACCGGCCAGAACUCUGCCAGAUCACACUGUACGACUUCCAGAAGUUCCUCCAAUAUGAUCAGAAGGAGCCGUGGGCUAGUGAUAUCACCAAAGUCCGGGAGUACAUGUGCAACUACCUGUGGGAUCCCUUCAGCGACAUGACGGAGCCCUUCUUCCAGUUGGAUGAGUUCCUGGCGUUCUUGUUCUCCAAAGAAAACAUGGUCAUGGACUCCAAGUAUGAGCGGGUGGUGCCGGACGAAAUGAAUUGCCCUUUAACUCAGUACUGGAUCUCGUCCUCUCAUAACACAUAUCUCACUGGAGACCAGUUCUCCAGUGAGUCCUCUCUGGAAGCCUACGCCCGCUGUCUCCGGAUGGGUUGCCGCUGCGUAGAACUGGACUGCUGGGAUGGCCCCGACGACCUGCCAAUCAUCUACCAUGGGCACACACUCACCUCCAAAAUCAAAUUCUUGGAUGUGCUGCACACCAUCAAGGAACAUGCCUUUGUCACCUCUGAGUUCCCCGUCAUCCUCUCCAUCGAGGACCACUGCAGCAUCGUCCAGCAGAGAAACAUGGCUGCCCACUUCAAGAAGGUGUUUGGGGACAUGCUGCUUACCAAGCCAGUGGACAUCAAUGCUGACCAACUACCCUCACCUGCCCAGCUCAAGAAGAAAAUCCUCAUCAAGCACAAGAAGCUGGUUGAAGGGAACCUUUAUGAAGAAGUCUCCUUGGGCAGUUACUCAGAGAAUGACAUCAGCAACUCCAUCAAGAACGGCAUACUUUACCUUGAGGACCCAAUUGACCACACCUGGAGCCCACACUACUUUGUUCUGACAAGCAACAAGAUCUAUUACUCUGAGGAGACCUCCCGCUACCAGUCCAAUGAGGAUGAGGAAGAGACGGAACAGAAAGAGGAGUUUAACAACAAUGAAAUGCACUUCAGCGAGAAAUGGUUCCACGGCAAACUGGGUGGAGGUCGUGAUGGGCGCCAGAUUGCCGAGAAGUUGCUGCAUGAGUACUGCACCGAGACGGGCGGCAAGGACGGGACUUUCUUGGUGCGGGAAAGCGAGACCUUUGUGGGCGACUACACCCUCUCCUUCUGGCGCUCAGGCCGGGUUCAGCACUGCCGCAUCCAUUCCCGGCAAGAAGCUGGCACUACCAAGUUCUACCUGACAGACAACCUGGUCUUUGACAGCCUCUACAGCCUCAUCUGCCACUACCGCGAGGUGCCACUGCGCUGCAACGAGUUCGAGAUGCGGCUGACGGACCCUGUGCCUCAGCCCAAUGCCCACGAGAGCAAGGAGUGGUACCACGCCAACCUCACCCGCCUGCAAGCUGAGCACAUGCUGAUGAGGGUCCCACGGGAUGGGGCCUUCCUCGUACGCAAGCGCAGCGAGCCCAACUCCUAUGCCAUCUCCUUCCGGGCAGAAGGCAAGAUCAAGCACUGCCGGAUUCAGCAGGAGGGGCGGCUCUUCAUGCUGGGCAGCUCGGCGGAAUUUGAGAGCCUCCUCGACCUGGUCAGCUACUACGAGAAGCACCCGCUCUACCGCAAGAUGAAGCUGCGCUACCCUAUCAACGAGGAGACGCUGGAAAAGAUGGGCACAGCGGAAUUAGACUAUGGAGCGCUCUACGAGGUGCGGACCCCUCACUUCUACGUGGAAGCCAACAAGAUGCCCAUGGCCAGGUGUACAGUGAAGGCCUUGUACGACUACAAAGCCCAACGGGAAGAUGAGCUCUCUUUCUGCAAACAAGCCAUUAUUCACAAUGUCGACAAGCAGGAUGGAGGAUGGUGGCGAGGAGACUACGGGGGCAAGAAGCAGCUCUGGUUCCCUGCCAACUAUGUGGAGGAGAUCAUGAACACCUCCGUGCCGGAGCAGGAUGAAGCCUCAGUUGAGAACAGUCCCCUGGGCAACUUUCUGAAAGGUUUCAUUGAUGUCCCUUCCUGCCACGUAGUUAUCUCCAAAGACGGGAGGAGCUCCAAACCAUUUGUCUUCACCAUCCAUUCCCAGCAGAUGACCCACCCAUCCCAGUCGCUGGAUGUUGCCACGGACACUCAGGAGGAGCUCAACGACUGGGUGGCCAAGAUCCGGGAGGCCACACAGAAUGCAGAUGCCAGGAUGCAAGAAGGGAAGAUUAUGGAGCGGAGGAAGAAGAUUGCUCUGGAGCUGUCCGAACUGGUCGUUUAUUGCCGCCCGGUGCCUUUUGAUGAGGAGAAGAUUGGCACAGAGAAAGCCUGUUGCCGGGACAUGUCUUCCUUCCCAGAAACCAAGGCAGAGAAGUACGCCAACCGCAGCAAGGGCAAGAAAUUCCUGCACUACAACCGCCGGCAGUUGAGCCGCAUCUACCCCAAGGGGCAACGCCUUGACUCCUCCAACUACGACCCGCUGCCCAUGUGGAUCUGCGGCAGUCAGUUGGUGGCCCUCAACUUCCAGACACCUGACAAGCCUAUGCAGUUGAACCAGUCGCUCUUCAUGCUGGGCGGGCGCAGCGGAUACGUAUUGCAGCCAGACAUCAUGCGGGAUGAACUCUUUGACCCCUUUGACAAGAGCAGCCUGAAGCACGUGGAGCCCAUCACCGUUCAGCUACAGAUCCUGGGUGCCAGACACCUCCCCAAGAACGGGCGCAGCAUAGUUUGCCCCUUUGUGGAGGUGGAGGUCUGCGGCUCUGAGUUUGACAACAGCAAAAACAAGACAGAUGUCGUAGCUGACAAUGGCCUCAACACCGUCUGGCUUGUCAAACAGUUUGUCUUCGACAUCAACAACCCCGAGUUUGCCUUCCUGCGCUUUGUGGUCUACGAAGAGGACAUGUUCAGCGACCCAAACUUCUUGGCUCAGGCCACCUUCCCUGUCAAGGGCCUCAAAACAGGUUACAGGUCAGUGCCCCUGAAGAACAGCUACAGCGAGGACCUCGAACUUGCUUCUCUGCUGCUACACAUUGAAAUUGUCAAUGCCAAGGAGGAAGACGAUGAGAACCUCUACUCCUCCAUCCAGCAGCUGCGUGACCGGGCCAAUGAACUCUCCAACCAGAUGUCUGGCAUUGAGCACAGCAACAAUUGUGAUGCGCGUGAUCAGCAGCGGCUGGACGAGCUGCGAGCCGCGCAAGAGCGUCUCAUGGAGCUGACAGAAGUGCGCAACAGAAAGCUGAUGGAGAAGAAGCAGCGAGACCGGCAGUUGGCCAACAAGCGUAACUGAACCAAGGCCGACGUUCCUGGCUUGACCAUCCUGCUGGGGAGCCCAAAGCAGCCUCCCCCGUUGCCCCACCAAACCCCAAGGAGGCCUUUGAUACCAGCCAUUACCCAGGCAGGUCUCUGUUGCUUAAGUCCCAGCUGGCUGGUGCCUGGGGCAGAGGCUGCUGAUGUCACCACAGCAGGAGUGCUCCCCAGUGGUGUUGGGAAGCAGAAAUGUAAGCAGACUAAACGCCUGCCAAGAUUGAGGCCCUGCAGUUCAUACAGGCCCCAUGACACACAUUCGGCGUGAACCUCUUGGAAUUUUUUUGUUGAGCUACAUUUUAACUCAUAGCAUUUUUCAUUCUACAUGGACAGAGGAGCUGGGUCUUCUAUUAUGUUUAAUUUAACCACCACCACCCCUUGUGGAGGGUUGCCACUUGAAAGGACGGGAGUGGCAGAUGUCUCUGAUCUCACUUCCUGGGAGACAUUACAAACCUACAAAACAACUAGCUGAAAAGAUGCCAGAGGGCUAGACUGGGAAGGAACUGGGAUGGAGAAGGUUGAUGAGCCAUGGUUGGCUCCAGAGGACUUGCAACGUGGAGCUGAGGAAAGAAGAUUCCAAGGGUGAUAGUUAAGCAAAAAAGAUUGCGUGGGAGGGAGGCUCAAUUGGUGAGGCCAGGAACAAGAUAUAUCCUGUCUUCGGGGAAGGGAGUUGCUGGGUUUCAUUCUGCUGUCACCUGCAACGCAAAUACGCCUGCUUGUUUUCACACCCACCCCUCCCUCCUUUCUGUCCUUAAGCACAAGUGCCAAAGUGCCCAACCCCAAACCUUGCUGUCAUAUGGCACUUGAGCUUCCCUGUUUACUCAGGAGUAGAUCUCCUUUACUUGGACGGAGCUUAUUCCCAAGUAAGUGUGCGCAGGAUGGCAGCCUUGGCAUAUUUAUUUAUUUAUUGUAGGGAAAUGUUUCCCUUGCACCCACUGCCUUUCACACCUUUCGGCCAUGGAUAUUUCCCAGUGUUUCCUGAACCCCUGGUGUUGCAGAGAGUAGGACCAGCCCUAUGAUCAGCUGCAUCAUAGCAACAGGGAAGGAAGCUGGCCCAGGGCAGUGGCUGUUGCUCCUGGCUUGAUGCCCUCUGGCCUUGGUAGUCUUGCUUCCUUACUAGGAUCUUCAAAAGGGUAUAGGAUAUAGAUGUGCAAAAAAACUCCAAAAAAACCCACCCUGAGAAAUGUCAUUUGUCUUGUUGAAACGCUUGAGACGGAAUCUUUAAAUUCAGCUCAGUUUUCACUUUAGCGGUCGAUGGCUUCUUACAGUUUCCACUGGGGACUCAUGAGUACAGCUUCACAGGGUAGGCCAUGGUAAGAACAGACACGAGGACAGUGAUUCUGUAGCCUCUGGCGUGCCUGUCCCCUUCCCCCCCCCACACACACACACACCCCAGCCAAGAAAGAGAGAAAGACUUCAUGGGAGAAUUGGGGAGUAUGUCAGUAAAUCAUACACCUCACUUUUUGGAGGCAUACAGGUUGGUAUCUGGUGGUGGAUUGGAUCGGAAUUGUCCCUUCCUCUGCAUUUUAAGAACCGAUUUCAGAGGUGACAUUCAGAUUCCUUGGCAGUUUGGCCCUGAGCAGGAUAGCAAGACAAGGGUUCCGUACUCGCCUGAAUUAGUUCCUUGGUCUUUCCUGAGAAUCAUGGAUGAAGAAAUUCUGAAUAGUUGGGUGCUGCAUACUGUUUGCAGAACUUUGAUUGUUUUAGCAGCACGAGCCCUACACCCAACACCAGAUGGUGGUGGGGAAAAAUUACACAAGAAGUCCAUAAACUGAAAUCGAACCCAAGGGAAGGUGACUCCCCAAAUGCCCCAGCCUCAAGCAACAGCCCCAAUUUAUUGCUGCAGGGAAUAGAGCCACUGGCAGGGGAAUGAAACUGAACUAAGCGUCUGCUGCAACUGAGAGGCCUGUUCAAAUGAUGAGGUGAUCUCAGUAGAGGCUCUAGUAAAGUUCUAUAGACAGGGAAGGCUGGCCUACAUGCAGAAGGUAAAAGGUCUGCACAGUAAGCAAGGUCCAAAUGUACAGGUGGCAAAAAGAACAGUGAGGUCUGAAUGGACAGAGUAAGUUGAUGAAAGGUUGCUUAAAGGGGCUCUAGCCACUAGGAUUGCUGCUCCACAAACCCUGUUGAGAUGAAUGGGACAUGUUUGCAGGAAUACUCUCACACACACACCACACUGAUUUCAGUGAUGUUUGUGUAGGAGCCAUUCCAAGAAAGUUAUCUCCAAUUGAGAAGAGGGAAGAUGAAGGUGGCUGGAAGGAAAUGUCAAGGAUUGCCAAGAAGGUUUAAGAGGAGACAGACAAGUUCCAAGGACUAGUAAGAUGACAGGUCCUCCUGAUCAGAUUGUGUUGGGCGUAGUUUCGUUCUGCCAGAUGCUCACCUUAUGCGCUACCUUUGAAGCCUAUUCCUUUGCUCAGCCAUCUGUUGUGAGGGAUGCACAGACCUCUUAAUAAGGGCUGGUGAAGAGGUGGUGGUUAGUACCGCACAGGCCUAUGUAAAAAUGAUGAACAGAAGAGUUGAUAACACCUGCCAGGAGGUAUAGGAUAGACAAGAAGCUCAAAUCUUCAAGAAGCAGAAUCUUCUUUCUUCACUCUUCCAAUGAACUGGUGCCAGGCCCAGAGAGGAGCUAUCUUACUGCAAACAAUUUAACCCUGGACAUUUUGUCAUAGCCUUUGAGCAGGUUGAGAAUUUUAACCUACACACACACACACAUAUAUAUGUAUAUGUAUAUAUAUGUAUAUAUAUAUAUAUAUAUAUAUACACAUAUACAUACAUACAUAUAUACAUAUAUAUAUAUAUAUAUAUACACACACACACACACAAACAAACAAACUUGCUGGGAAAUCUAGACAAAAGAGAGGGCCUGGGUGCAAACUGCACCAAGCAAGAUGAUGGAUUCAACUUCAGUAUUCCCCAAAAUGCCUGGUCUCUCUGUGCAGAUCCUAGCACUUCUGGUGCCAUGCAACAGUCUACAGCUCUUUCUCUAGAACAGCCUGGAUUCUGCCGGAUGAUGUUGGACUUCCACUCCCAUCAGCCCAGGACAUGGGUGCUGUCUGGGGCUGAUGACAAUCCUACCCCCAACGACGUGUAGGGCACCAGGAUGGGGAAAGGCUGAUUUAGAGUACCUUAACACCACUGACAGUUUACAUGGUUAUUUAGAGCAGGCCUGAAAGACAAGGGGCACAGCUAAACGAUAGGACAUUUGGUCUUUUCUUUCCAGGAGAGUUGCCCUGAUGUUGAGCAGAAGGGGAUGCCUUCCUGCCAAGAACACGUAGCUCCUUGUCAGAACUAACCUGGGACGGACUUCCUCUCCUCUUUGUGACCUGUUCUGGUCCUUUUCCCCCAUGGUCACAGAACAGAGCUAUGGCAGAAGCGUCUCUCAUCAGGGUCAGAGAAGAGUUGCCUUGACUCCCUUGCCAACUUAGGACAGGGAGGGGUAGGAAAAGAUAGGUUGUGGCCAGCUGCUAGCAUGGAGAAAGCACUGCAGAGCUGGGGCUCUCUCCAAACCCUGCUGCCUUGAAGCACAGGCAGGGUUGGAAUUGCGGGUGGAGGGGGAGGUUCUGCCUACUGAAGGGGACCAAGCCUGAAGCCAUUUGUGCAUAGCUCUGCUUCAAAAGCAAGUAGGUGGCGCAUCUUACUCCUGCAAAACCUCCACUAUUGAAAAAACUGCCAGUCCUAAAAGUUUGUGGGCAAAAGACGAUAACAAACUUGUGGUCAGGACUCUGGUGAAGCUGCUAGUUAGAAAUGAAAGUACUUGGGCUGUUAUUUCUGAUUCCAAUUAAGGUAGCCUCUUGUGUGUCCACGUAAUUGGAAGGAGAUUCAACUCAUUUCAAAUAUACUAGCAGGGGUGUUUGUAAUUUACCGUGGGUUGAAGGAUGGCACAGAGCCACGAGGUCCAGUUUACCUACCAUUCAUGCCUUUGACCCGGGAAUUUUCUAGCUCUUCAGUACCACUGUCACUACAGGCCACAGACUACACGAGUGGAAGGAAAGGCUUAAGAAAGCAGCGGCAGAAGUUCCUACUUGAGCACCACUCAAGAUCUGUUUCACAGAGAACCCACCUCUCAAUUAGAAGAAGACUGGAUGCUUACUUUGUGGGAGGGGCGGGAGAGAUGCUGACACAGUUUGGGGGGACCCCACCCCAAAAGGGGAGAACACAAGAAGCACAAGACAGUCAGCAGAUACACUAACACUGUUGCAAGGAGACCAUGUCCCUUGCAGUGCCACUCUGGGGAGGGACCCAUGUAUCUUUUGUAUGAAAAUAAAAUCUAUUU